CAGUUGACAUAAUAAUAUAGCUAUAGAAUUGGAAUAAUGCAAAUUAUUAAAGUUGUUACGCGUAAUUUAGUUAAAAACAAAUACAUAUGUCAACCAAAAUUGCAUUAUCUCACAACCAGCUGUUGGUAUAGCACAGCUAAAGAUGCGGAGCUGCCUUUGGCCAAAGGCUAUCAGCCCAAGCUAGUGGAGGACGCUUACUGGGUGCGGCAACAGGAAGCCAAAGAGUCGAGUACGAAGGAACGUUGCAAGCGUGGCAGCUUUCGCAUGCUAUUGCCGCCACCAAAUGUAACAGGCAACUUGCAUUUGGGGCAUGCACUAAUGGCCACAGUGCAGGAUGUAAUAGCGCGUCAGCAUCGCCAGCUGGGCUAUGAUGUAGAGUGGAUACCAGGCACAGAUCAUGCAGGCAUAGCUACGCAGGUCGUGGUGGAACGCACGCUGGCAGCUGCCAAAGGCAAAACGAGACAGGAGCUGGGACGCGAGGCUUUUCUAGAGGAAGUAUGGAAGUGGAAGGCGGAGAAGAAUAGCAGCAUAGUGCAGGAUCUGCGUCAGCUGGGCUGCAGCUUGGACUGGCAACGCGAGUACUUUACCAUGGAUGAGCAGCAGAGUCGAGCUGUAAAUGUGGCCUUUGAGAAACUCUUCGACGAGGGCUUGAUUAAGCGUAGCAAUUCGCUGGUGAACUGGAGCUGCGCCUUGCAUUCAGCUAUUUCAGAUAUUGAAGUGGAAAAUGUGGAAGUGAAUCAGCCCACGGAGCUGGCUGUGCCUGGCUAUGCGCAUAACGUGCUAUUCGGACGGAUUUAUGACUUUGCGUACACUAUUGUGGAUGAGACUGGCAAGCAGGAAGAGAUUGUUGUGUCUACCACCAGACCAGAAACUAUGCUGGGCGAUGUGGCAGUGGCUGUGCAUCCAAAUGAUCCCAGAUAUAGCAAAUAUCGCAACUUGGAUGAAGUCAAACUAAAGCAUCCGUUUAGAACUGACAGCAUACCUUUGGUAUUUGAUAUAGCAGUUGAUAUGGAGUUUGGCACAGGCGCUGUUAAGAUUACACCAGCGCAUGAUAAAUUCGACUUUGAACUGGCCAAGCGUCAUCAGCUGCCAAUGCGUCAAGUGUUCAGCGAAUCGGGCAAAGUCGUAGAAGCCUUUGAGGAAUUCAAAGGACUGCCGCGCUUUGAGGCCAGAGAUGUUAUAGUGGAGCGUCUGGAACAGCUGGAGCUGCUGCGCGAAGUGCGCGCGCACAGCAUGAAGCUGCCCAUAUGCUCACGCUCCAAGGAUAUUAUAGAGCAAAUGUUAAUGCCACAAUGGUUCCUGCAAACCAACAGCUUAGCUGAGGCAGCGCUUUCCGAGCUGCAUAGUGGUCGCCUGCAAAUUAUACCACCGAACUUUGAGCUGGAAUGGGAGCGCUGGCUAAGCGAUUGUCGUGAUUGGUGCAUCUCCAGGCAGCUAUGGUGGGGACAUCAAGUGCCUGCUUAUCAAGCCUACGAUGAUGAAGGCAACAGCUGCUGGGGUGGCGGCACAAAAAAGAGAGUGCAAUGGGAGAAGGCGAAGCAGCUAUUGGGCAGCAAGCAACUGAAGCUCACACGCGAUCCCGAUGUGCUGGACACUUGGUUCUCCAGCGCUUUGCUGCCAUUCUCAGUAGCUGGCUGGCCCGACCACCGCUAUCAAUCAGCUUACCCCUUGGAUCUAAUGCAAACUGGUCAUGAUAUACUUUUCUUUUGGGUUGCACGCAUGAUGAUGCUCGGCCUCAAGCUCACAGGCGAGGCGCCCUUCCAACGCGUCCUGCUCAAUGGCAUAGUCUGCGAUGCACAAGGUCGCAAAAUGUCCAAAAGCUUGGGCAACAUUGUGGCACCUCAGCAAGUGGUGCAAGGCGCCAGCUUGGACAGUCUCAAAGCGAAUCUACAGCAAUCCUGCGAUGCCGGCAUUAUAAAGCCAGCAGAGCUCAAGACUUCGCUGCAGAGCAUGUCGAAGAUGUUUCCGAAUGGCAUCCAGGAGUGCGGCACAGAUGCACUACGCUUUACUUUACUAAGUCACAACAUCAAGCAUCACUUCAUCAACUUUGAUGUCAACAACUGUGUAACACCACGCCCACAAUUGGUUUCCUCACAAAUUCUGCAAAGGCAGCGCCUCUCCAGUUGUGAUGUUUAUCUGGAAACCACCAAGGCCGCCAUUAAGAAGCGCGAUGGUCAAGCGUAUGUCAAUGUUGGAACCUUAACCGCUUGCCUCAGUUGGGGUCUGCAGGCUUUAGCUCCAUUCACACCCUUCAUAGCCGCCGAGCUGCUGCAACAUGUGCCGCUCAACAUUGAACUGAAACUCUCGCAAUUCCAAGACUCCAAGCUGGAGGCUGAGGUCUCCGACAUUGUUAACAUUUGCACCAGCGUGCGUCAAGUGAAGAGUCGCAAUCAAAUUAGCAAACGUCAUGAGCCCAAACUUUGUCUCUUUGCACAAAAUGCCGAAGCGGAGGAAGUGCUGCAACGUCAUCUGGAACAAAUUCUGGUGCUGACGCGCUGUGAGGGUGUGGAGCUGGAGCUGCUCAACGAGGAAUCCAAGUUCUCCAAGAAACUCAACUUUUUCUCCACCGCCGGCGCGCUUUGCUCUUUCGGCAUUAGCAUGAACGAUGAGAGCGAAGUGCCUGCCGAGAAACGCGAGCAAAUGGUCAAGGAAAAUAAGAAGAAGCUCAAGAAGUUAGUAAAUGAACUGCAAAAGUAUCGCCUACGUGUGGAUAAUGAAGCCUUCCAGCUUAUGGCUGAUAAGUCAACGCAAACGCAUUUUCAAAAUAGAAUCAAGGAACUGGAAGCAGAGAUUGAAAGUCUUAUACGCCUGGCGGCCUAGUCUAUGUGUAACAAAUUAUGUAUCGUUAAGCCAGCUUGUUAACUAAUAAGUAUUUUGUUACCAAUUGUUAUAGCAUUAAUUUCAAAUGAACUGACCU